CUGAAGCUGUGGAACAAGUACAGAGUCUCCAACAUUCCUUCCCUGAUAUUUAUUGAUGCCUCCACCGGGAAGGUGGUUUGCAGGAACGGCCUCCUGGUAAUCCGAGAUGACCCAGAAGGUCUGGAGUUCCCCUGGGGGCCAAAACCCUUCAGUGAAGUUGUUGCUGGGCCUCUGCUAAGGAACAACGGCCAGACGUUAGACAGCAACGCCCUGGAGGGCUCGCACGUUGGGGUCUAUUUCUCUGCGCACUGGUGCCCGCCGUGCCGAAGCCUCACAAGGGUCCUGGUGGAGUCCUACCGAAAAAUCAAGGAAGCGGGCCAGAAGUUUGAGAUACUCUUUGUUAGUGCAGACAGGUCAGAGGACUCCUUCAAGCAGUAUUUCAGCGAGAUGCCCUGGGUAGCUGUGCCAUACGCCGACGAGGCCAGACGGUCACGCCUGAAUCGACUCUAUGGCAUACAAGGCAUCCCAACUCUCAUCGUCCUGGACUCCAAGGGAGAUGUCAUCACGCGGCAGGGGCGGGUGGAGGUGCUGAACGACAUCGAAUGCCGCGAGUUCCCCUGGCAUCCCAAACCCGUGCUGGAGCUGACGGACUCCAACGCCGUGCAGCUGAAUGAGGGCCCCUGCCUCGUUCUCUUUGUAGAUUCAGAGGAUGACGGAGAGUCAGAGGCAGCGAAACAACUGAUUCAGCCCAUAGCUGAAAAAAUCAUCGCCAAGUACAAGGCCAAAGAGGAGGAGGCACCGUUGCUCUUCUUCGUGGCAGGCGAG